AUGGCAAAAUCAUCUUCGUCUGGUUUGAUAGGAGUUGCCUAUCUUCCUCAUGGUACAAUGCUUUUAGAUCCGAAUCGAGAAGAUCUUCCUGAUGGUGUUAAAGCUCUUCAUUUAUGUUGUAUGAAUAUAAGUGAAAAAAUAGCUGAAUUAAAUCCUGAUCUUAUUAUUCUUUUAACUCCUCAUGGACUAAAUCUUCAUCAAGCUAUUAAUAUUUAUCAACCAGCUAUAGCAAAUAGUCGAGCAAGUGGAAAUGCUGAAUGGAAUAAUAAUUGGAAUGAUUAUAGUGUUGAUGUUAGUUUAGAUGGUGAAACAUGUCAAGAUUUAUAUUUAUAUCUAAAACAAAGUUUACCAAGAGUAGAAGGAAUGUUAGCUUUUUCUGGUUUAAGUGUUCCAUUGAGAUGGGGUGAAGUUGUACCAUUAUAUUUUGCUUUAUAUCAAUUAGCAUUAAAAACAAAAACAAAUAAUUCUACACUUAAACAUAUUUCAGUUGAAUCUAAACCUAAAGUAAUUAUUAUUGCACAACCAGUGAAAGGAACAACAAUUGAAGAACGAGAAUCAUUUAUUGAAGAACAACGAUCUUAUCUUGUAAAAUUUGGUCGAUUAAUUCGAUCAUGGUGUAAUAAAUCAUCACAACGUAUUCUUCUUGUUAUAAGUGGUGAUCAAGCUCAUACACAUGCAUGGUCUUCACAAUUGCCAAUAAUUUAUCAACCUGAUUCAUCGUGUUUUUCAAGAUUUCCACAAUGUGGUACUGAAUAUUCAAAAUUAUUUGAUGAAAUUAUUCAUGAUUGGAUAAAAGGAAAACGUUCAAAUUCUGAAAAUGAUUUAUAUUAUUUAGAUGAAAAUUUAUUAAUUAAUGAAGCUGGAAAUAUAGAAAAAUUUGCUCUUAGUUGUGGUUAUGUUGGAUCAUUGACAAUGCAAGGUAUAAUGGAAAAUGAUUUGAUUCAAAAUCGAAUAGAUGAUUCAUCAAAAUCAAUUGAUCCAUCUUCUCAUUGGUUAUUAACAAAUUUCAUUUCUUCUUCUCCAACAUAUUAUGGAAUGAUGGCUGCUUUGUAUAUUCGAAAUUUUAAAUAA